UCCAGAGUAUUUCCCUGGAGUAAAAAGUCUCUCUCACCAGGAGGACUUCCCUUCAAUGGACAGUCCACCGCUCCCAGAGUUCUUCUCACCAAGGGAUAGUCCCCCACCACCAGAAGAUGUUCUCCCUGUAAACAGUCCACCUCCCCAAGAGACCUUCCCUGCAGUAAACAGUCCACCACCCCCAGAGUAUUUUUCACCCCCACAAGCACCUAAAAUACCAUCAGCAGCAGAGACUGAGUUUGGAAGUGGGAUACCCUGUGAGGAUCAUGCAAAUUCUUCUGUCAGAAGCAAUGAAAUUUCUCAUACACUACAACAACCAGUUUCUCAACAAACACCAUCAAUAAAGGUCCAACUUCACUUGGAAGAGAUGCACAGCAUGCAUUAUCAGACACUGGAAAAUAUCUGCUCCCUAUUGGAUAAAGCUGAUCCAACCAUUAUCUGCAGCUUGCCCAAGAGUAUUAAAGAGGCUCAGAACUUGAGGCAGAGUAUAAGAUCCAAAAUUUUACAGCUUGAGAACAUGUUACAACAGCGAGGAGAAAGCAAAGACUGCACUUUCAAGAUUUGCUCAAGGCAAUCACCACGCAUUAAUAAUGCUUCCUUGUCCAAUACAUCCUUUAUACCAUGUGGAGAAAGUUUCUAUGAGGGAUACAGGAGUGUCUCAAGUUCUUUGAGUUCAAGGUUGAAUAAGGAGAACAAUUUUUCAACAACUUCUGAGAAUUUUAUCAGACUUUAUAGUGGAAGUACUUCUUUACCGGAUGGUGGAAAUGAUUACAUUGUUACAAAAACUCAAAAUUCUGUCUCUAUGAACUCUGCAAGUAUAAUAGAUGAUGUGAAAAAAGAUUCCUUACUGCUAACAGAGCUGUUGGAUAGCAGUGAUGAUGAAUGGGCAAAUGCUGGUAUUCUUGAUAGUAAUGGUCAGCAGAAGAAAUCCAUUAGUCCUGCUACUGCAACUCAUAAUUCAUCUGCCAGCAGGCAACAACCAAUUCCUACUUUGUCAAGUAAAUACAAACCAGGUGCCACCCAAAGCAACAAUUUGAACUCAAGUUUCAAUUCUCCAAACAGAAUUAAUACUAUUCCCAACAAUGGCAAUGAUGAUGAUUUAAAACGAAGAGACUUACCAUAUCACAGAGAAAUGUGGAAAAUAUUAAAAAAUGUGUACAACAUCCGUUCAUUAAGAACAAAUCAGCUAGAAGCCAUUAAUGCUGCCAUGAUGAAACAUGAUUGUUUUAUUCUGAUGCCAACUGGUGGAGGAAAAAGCUUGUGUUUCCAACUGACUGCAUUAAUGGGGGCUGGAGCAAGCUUUGUUAUUUCACCUCUCAGAUCCCUUAUUCAAGAUCAAGUACAAAGACUUCAGUCAAUGAAGCUGCCUGCUGUUCACUUGCUAGGUGAUGCAGGAAGUGGUUCAACCAGACACCUGAAUUCCGUAUAUCAGGAUUUGUCGCUCAGAAAUCCAACUAUCAAGCUUGUGUAUGUCACUCCAGAGAAGCUAUCAGCCAGUGAUAAACUUGAUUCUGUCAUGAAGAGUCUGUAUAAUCGUGGACUACUGGACAGGAUUGUUAUAGACGAGGCCCAUUGUGUGAGUCAGUGGGGACAUGAUUUUCGCCCAGAUUACAAGAAACUUUCAGUGUUGAGAAACAAGUUCCCUAAGCUUCCCUUUAUGGCUCUCACUGCUACUGCUACACCUCGCGUUCAAAAAGACAUUUUGCAUCAGCUGAAGAUGACAAAACCAAAAUGGUUUACCCAAACUUUCAAUCGUCCCAACUUGCGUUUCAUUGUGAAACCGAAAAAGAAAGUCAUGGAUGAAAUACUUCAGUAUAUCAAGACAAAGCAACCUGCUUCUUCUGGAAUUGUAUACUGUCUUUCCAGAAAUGACUGUGAGCGUGUGGCAGACUCUUUAAAUGAAGCUGGCAUCAAAGCAAUAGCGUAUCAUGCAGGACUGUCAGAUGACCAGAGAACACAAUGUCAGGAGGCUUGGAUCAAUAAUAGAUACCAGGUGGUGUGUGCAACGAUUGCGUUUGGUAUGGGAAUCGACAAGGCUACUGUAAGAUAUGUGAUUCACCACUCAAUGCCUAAGUCACUUGAGGGUUACUAUCAGGAGUGUGGACGGGCAGGGCGAGAUGGUCAACUGGCUGAAUGUAUCUUGUUCUAUUUAUACGGCGAUACAAACAGGAUAAAGAGGAUGAUCCAGAACAACAGCGACAGGACAGCUGACAGCAAACAAGUGGACAUGGACAAUCUUUUCCGUGUGGUGCAGUACUGUGAGAACGUGUCCGAGUGUAGGAGAGUUCAGUUGCUACACUACUUUGGUGAAAUGAGUUUUGAUCCGUCCCAGUGCCGUGCUCGGUCAGACAGCACGUGUGACACUUGUGCUACUUCUGCAACAUUUGAUAACAAGGAAAUUACGUCUGAUGCGAAGGCAUUUGUCGAAAAUGUUAACUCCAUUGUCCAUUGUGGAAAAAGGAACUGGAGGAAACCUGUUAAAAGCUUUACUUUAAACCAUUUUAUUGACAUAUUUAAGGGUUCAGGUGGUUCCCGUGUGACGUCUGAAGGACACGAUAGAUGUUCCCUGUAUGGUCUUGGAAAAUCCUAUCAUAGAAAUGAUGCAGAAAGACUGGGUCAUCUUUUAGUCUUACAACGUGUGCUAGCGGAACAUAUAGUGAUUGGUAACCACGAAAAUGUUAUCAGCUACGUCAAGUUAGGACCCAAGGGUAUGGAUUUCCUUCAGGGUCGCGUAAAGCUACCUCCCUUACCCGUUAGAGAAAAGGAGAAGACUGUCAGUAAAUCUAAACGGAAAGAAUUAGUGGAUCAAACGUCAGACAGCAACUACAUCAGCUCAGAUUGCGCGACUGAUACAGGAGACAAUUAUGAUGGGAGCAGCAACCGCUCACAUUACUGGCAACAGGAUGAGAAGGCUCCUGUUGGUCGAAAGAGGAAACGAAAGCCGGCUGGCUCGACAGCAAGGCCCAACUCAACUUCAGGAACGAGCACGGGCACCUUCGCCUCCGCCCAGCAGACAAAGAAGAACUUGCAAAAUUUUCGCCGAAACAAAUCUGAGACAAGCUUUAAUCGUAAAGGGACUGCAGCGAAUCAGAGGAGUGGCCUUGCUCUUAUGGCACCUCCUCAGCCAGUCAAGCGAUUUACGAGGUGACAGUAAAAUUGAUAGGUUGGGAGUGGAAGUAAUUCACGAGCUAUCUAAACAAACGUGACUCAGGGCAGUGGUAGUUAUGCUUUGACGUCAGGUUUGGUUCACGACAAAGCGUCAUCCAACUGUGACCAUAGUAACUGGAAAUGACAAAAAUGUGAUGUAAAUGAUUCAUUUGGACAUUAUAUAGCUGAGACCAGAUGUUACUAUGACACACCGUUGUUUGUUCUAUCCAUUGCUGUUCUACACAUUCGUAAAUUUAAUUUUGAACUACAAAUCGAGAUGAUAAUAAAAAUGAAAUGA